AUGACAGAACAAGUUAACAAUGACACUACCAGUGACACUACCACUACCAUUACCACAGUUUACAUUUCGAACCUGCCAUUCACGGCGAGUGAGCGAGACCUACAUGCCUUCCUAAACAACUAUGGCGCCAGUUCAGUGUUGAUUCCAACGCAGACCGUCCGCAGAUUCAGCAAAAGGCACAAUAGCAACCCUCGCAAACCACUAGGCAUAGCAUUUGCCCAGUUCGCAAACAAUACUCUGGCUUUGAAGGCCAUUCAAGACUUGAACGGAACCGUUUUCCAAAAUCAGAAACUAUUUCUAAAGUUACACGUUCCUUACGAGGCAGACUCUACUCCAGACACGGAUGUAAAGAAGCCCAAAGAAAAAAAUAAGGUUAAGAAGACACCAGAGACUGCCGCGGAUACGGUUUACUGUCACGACCUGCCAGACGAUAUAACCGACAGUGAGAUCCGUGAGUUGUUCCAGCUCUACUCGCCUCAAGAAAUCUGGAUUUACAGGUCCAAGGUGUACAGGAGAAAGUGUAUUCCUUUUGCUCCACACCAAAUUACUGCCGCUUUGGUCACUUUGCAAUCUGAAACCCCAAUUGGGGACAUUUGUGACAGUGUGGCCAAGACAGCUACUUUGAGGGGCAAAUCGAUAAUAGUGAAGCCCGCUUACGUCUCUAAGAUUCAAGAAAUUAAACAAUUGGUCAAGGACAACUUAACCAAUGCGCGCGACCCACCUCCAGCAGCAUUGGCAGAGCCAGCGCCAGCGCCAGCGCCAGUAGAGCCAGCGGAGCAAGUGCAGGAAGGGCAAGACAAUGCGGAAACCAAUGAUGUCCCACCUCCGCCUGCUUCGUCUUCCGAUCGUCCAACCGUGGCUGCUACUUAG